AUGUCCAAUUCAACGCUGCAAGUGUACGGUGGUGACGAGAUUUCUGCAGUUGUGAUAGACCCGGGGUCCUACAGCACCAACAUUGGCUAUUCUGGUACCGAUUGUCCCCAUUCCAUUUUACCAUCGCGAUAUGGUUCCUUUAAAAAGACGAACAAAGAUUCAGGAGAUGAGGACACAAAAAGCGAUGAAUCCGCAACGAAGCGAGCUCAUAUUUUCUCUGAACAGUCACUUGGCUUACCCAGGAAAGACUAUGAGAUCAAAACAAUUGUUGAAAAUGGUGCUGUUACCGAUUGGGAUGCUGCACAAGAGCAAUGGGAAUGGGCACUAAAGAAUGAAUUAUUCCUUGAAUCCACUAAGGGUAUUCCGGCUUUACUCACGGAGCCUGUUUGGAAUACCAAAAAGAACAGAAAGAAGUCGCUUGAAACUCUUCUCGAGAGUAUGAAUUUCGAAGCUUGUUACCUAGCGCCCACAUCUACUUGUGUUUCGUUUGCGACCGGAAGGGCAAAUUGUCUGGUGGUUGACAUUGGUCACGAUACGUGCUCUGUAAGCCCUGUUGUUGAUGGUAUGACGCUGUCUAAGAGCACAAGAAGAAGUUUUUUUGCUGGCAAGUACAUAAACCAUCUGAUAGAAAACUUUUUGAAACCUAGAGAAAUUAUCCCUCUGUUUGCUGUGGAACAAAGAAGACCAGAAUUCAAACGGAAAAAGUUCGAAUAUCAAGUCGAUUUAUCAUUGUACACAUAUGCUAACGCACGUGGAUUCUUUGAGGAAUGUAAAGAAACUUUGCUGCAAAUCACGACCACAUCAUCCCUGGAAAAGAUAAAGCCUGAAUUAGAAUCUAUGAGCAAGAGAUCCAUCGAAGCACCUUGGACUGAAAAUAUUGUAAUGGAUAACGUCACUCGUUAUGGUUUUGGAGAACAGCUGUUUGAGGUGAAUAAGAGCGACAUUCCAGAAACUUGGAAUAUUGACAAAGAUGGUAUCGUUGAAACGUUCCACAAUGACUACGUACCUUUGAAAAGAAAUAAAUUCAGUGCUGCCAACAAACCGGACACUGCAAAAGAAAACACACCUGCGCCGUCAGUCGAACCGACUGGUGUUGCAUCCGAAACGGCAAAUGACGUUAAUGAAAAUGGUAAGAGAAAUCUGGAAGAGUCUAACAACGGCCCUGAAUUGGAGCCAAAAGACAAUAAUGAAAUAAUGGGGCUUGCAGACUUGGUUCAUUCAUCUAUCAUGGCCAGUGAUGUUGAUUUAAGAGCCUCUUUGGCACACAAUGUACAGUUAACAGGCGGAACUUCUCUGAUUCCAGGUUUAAGCGACAGACUGAUGCUUGAAUUGAAUGCUAGACUUCCUGCCCUAAAAUUCAGGAUACUCACGACAGGACAUAAGAAGGAAAGAGAAUAUCAAUCAUGGCUCGGUGGUAGUGUUUUAACGAGCUUGGGUACUUUCCAUCAAUUAUGGGUUGGCAGACAAGAAUAUGAGGAAGUGGGCGCUGAUAGACUAUUAAACGAUAGAUUCAGGUAA